AUGGCAGCCCCGUUGCUGCUCUUACGCAUCCUUCGCCAGGGCCCGGGGACCGGUCCGGGGCCCGGGCGGUUGCGGAGCUCAGGCUCGGGCUGGAGCUCAGGCCUUGCUGCCGGGGUCGGGAGGAGGCGGCCAUACUUCGCUCAUGGGCCUCCGGGGGGUCAAACCGGGGCUGGAGGCCGAGCCCUGCAGAGCUUACAAUUGCGACUGACCCCUACCUUUCAAGGGAUCAGUGGAUUCUUACUGAAACAGCAUCUAACUCAAAACCCAGUCAGACUCUGGGAACUUUUAGGCAGCACCUACUAUUUUAACACCUCAAGGAUGAAGCAGAAGAGUAAGGACGGUGACAAAUCCAGGACGAAGUCACCUGAAGAUGAUGAAGACGAAAGGAAGCGGAAAGAGCGAGAAGACCAGAUGUACCGUGAGCGGCUGCGCACCCUAUUUGUCAUCGCGGUCAUCAUGAGCCUGCUCAACUCCCUCAGUUCUAGUGGUGGCAACAUCUCCUGGAACGACUUUGUUAAUGAGAUGUUGGCCAAGGGUGAGGUGCAGCGUGUGCAGGUGGUACCCGAGAACGACGUGGUGGAGGUCUUCCUGCACCCCGGGGCCGUAGUGUUCGGGCGGCCGCGGCUGGCGUUGAUGUACCGGAUGCAGGUUGCAAACAUUGACAAAUUUGAAGAGAAGCUUCGAGCGGCUGAAGAUGAGCUGAAUAUUGAAGUCAAGGAUAGGAUCCCAGUCUCUUACAAGCGAACGGGAUUCUUUGGAAAUGCUCUCUACGCCCUGGGGAUGACAGCUGUGGGCCUGGCGAUCCUGUGGUACAUCUUCCGCCUUGCUGGGAUGACGGGCAGGGAAGGUGGAUUCAGCGCUUUCAAUCAACUGAAAAUGGCUCGUUUCACUGUUGUGGAUGGGAAGAUGGGCAAGGGAAUCAGCUUCAAAGAUGUGGCAGGGAUGCACGAAGCCAAGCUAGAAGUUAAGGAGUUUGUGGAUUAUCUGAAGAGCCCAGAGCGUUUCCUCCAGCUUGGAGCUAAGGUCCCAAAGGGCGCACUGCUGCUCGGCCCCCCUGGUUGUGGGAAAACCCUGCUGGCCAAGGCAGUGGCCACUGAGGCCCAGGUGCCCUUCUUAGCCAUGGCCGGCCCUGAAUUUGUGGAGGUCAUCGGAGGCCUUGGUGCUGCCCGGGUACGGAGCCUCUUCAAGGAAGCCCGCAACCGGGCUCCCUGCAUUGUGUACAUUGAUGAGAUCGACGCCGUGGGCAAGAAGCGCUCCACUACCAUGUCCAGCUUCUCCAACACGGAGGAGGAACAAACGCUCAACCAGCUUCUAGUGGAGAUGGACGGAAUGGGUACCACAGACCAUGUCAUCGUCCUGGCCUCCACAAACCGGGCUGACAUCUUGGACAACGCGCUGAUGAGGCCUGGCCGGCUCGACCGUCAUGUCUUCAUCGAUUUCCCCACCCUGCAGGAGAGGAGAGAGAUCUUUGAGCAGCACCUCAAGAGUCUGAAGCUGACCCAGGCAAGCAGCUUUUACUCACAGCGACUGGCGGAGCUGACGCCUGGAUUCAGUGGUGCUGACAUUGCAAACAUCUGCAACGAGGCUGCGCUUCAUGCUGCGAGGGAGGGUCACACAUCCGUCCACACGUCCAACUUCGAGUACGCCGUGGAGCGCAUCUUAGCAGGCACCGCCAAGAAAAGCAAGAUCCUGUCAAAGGAGGAGCAGAGGGUGGUUGCUUUCCAUGAGUCGGGCCAUGCGCUGGUUGGCUGGCUGCUGGAGCACACGGAGGCUGUGAUGAAGGUUUCCAUUGCGCCUCGGACCAAUGCAGCCCUAGGCUUCGCACAGAUGUUGCCACGGGACCAGCAUCUAUUCACCAAGGAGCAGCUGUUUGAGCGAAUGUGUAUGGCAUUGGGGGGCCGCGCCUCUGAGGCCAUCUCCUUCAACAGGGUUACUUCUGGGGCACAAGAUGACCUGCGGAAGGUCACCAGGAUUGCCUACUCCAUGGUGAAGCAGUUUGGGAUGGCCCCCCGCAUUGGCCCUGUCUCCUUCCCCGAUGCCCAGGAGGGUCCGACUGGGAUUGGCCGGCGCCCCUUCAGCCAGGGCCUCCAGGACAUGAUGGACCAUGAAGCAAAACUGCUGGUGGCAAAAGCCUAUAGACACACGGAGCAGGUGUUGCGGGACAACCUGGAUAAACUACAGGCGCUGGCCAACGCACUGUUGGAGAAGGAAGUGGUAAACUAUGAGGACAUCGAGGCCCUCAUCGGCCCGCCGCCCCAUGGACCCAAGAAGAUGAUCCCGCCCCAGAAGUGGAUGGACGCAGAACAGGACAAGCAGGACUCUGGGGAGGAGGAGGCUGUACAGCAGCCCCCACUCAGGGAGUAGCCCUCCUGGCCCAAGUAG